AUGUGUCCUUCUAUCCCGGGCUCUGCAGUAUCGAAAAGAGACAAGCCAAUAGGAGCAGCAAGAACCGAGCAACGCCUUAACGAAAAGGCGUCUGAUGAAGGUUACUUGCCAGGCAUUCCUGAUGACAUGGCCUUACACAUCUUGGCCUGUCUCAGCAGAUCAGACUACCCAAUACUGGCUUGCUUGAACAACAAGUACAAGUCCUUGAUCGGCAGUGAGCUAUUGUACAAGUUGAGAAGGCAGAUUGGUAUCGUGGAGCAAUGGAUUUACUUAGCUUGUAUUGUCAUGCCAUGGGAAGCUUUUGAUCCCAAAACCAGGAGAUGGAAGAGGCUGCCGAGAAUUCCAUGUGAUGAGUGCUUUACUUAUGCUGACAAGGAAUCUCUUGCUGUAGGGACAGAGUUGCUUGUCUUCGGCCGCGAGUUGCCAGGACUCGUUGCAUGGAAGUACAGCUUGUUGAGCCAUGAAUGGACGAGAAACUCGCCUAUGAACUCGCCUCGGUGCUUGUUCGGUUCAAGCAGCCAUAAAGAGAUUGCUGUUGUAGCUGGAGGGAGUGACAAGGAAGGCAACAUACUCAAUGCUGCCGAGCUUUACAACUCCGAGCUCGGUGCCUGGCAGGUUUUGGCGAAUCUGAAUAGAGCAAGAAAGCUCUGCUCUGGCUUCUUCAUGGACAACAAGUUUCAUGUGAUUGGAGGCAUGACAGCAUCGAAGGAGAGCUUGAAUUGCGGUGAAGUGUACGACAUGGCGAGAGAUGAGUGGACGGUAAUCGAGAACAUGCACCCUAGUCCAGCGCCGCAGGGGACAGAACAAGCCAUGCGCGCUCCACCGCUGGUCGCUGUUGUCAACAACGAGCUGUACUGCGCUGAUCUAGCCACGAACAUGGUGAAGAAGUACAACAGAGUGGAGAACACGUGGAGUGAGGUGAAGAGGCUGCCACUGAGGGCUGAUGCAGCCAAUGGUUGGGGCGUGGGGUUUCGAGGGUGCGGGGGUAGGCUGCUGGUGAUCGGAGGGCAUGGAGGGUGUCAUGGUGAGAUGGUUGUGAUGCACUCUUGGGAACCAGAUAGUGUGGACCAGAAUGAGUGGACUGUGCUCGCUGUGAGAGUUGGAGCUGGAGCUUUUGUGUACAACUGUGCUGUUAUGGGGUGUUGAGAGAAUUGGUUAACAAG